CGGUAACAGCUGUUGACAGGAGCGGUGUCGUUUAUAUGAAUUUACACACGCAUACAAUUGGCCCCCUGUUUGUAUUAAAAUCCUGUUUUUAAUGUUUUCUUUUUUUAUAUGGAACACCGUUUUAGUAACAAUUUAGUAGCCUUUACUUAAAAGGAAUGAGAAAACACAAGAGGAAGAAACAAGGAGGAUUUGGGGGCAGUGAGAAUGGAUGUGUCACAAGAGAAUCGGACUGUGGAAGGAAGCAUAAACUGACUGUCAUUCAUCAGGCUUUGAUAAGAGAUCCAGUGGACAUUGAGACCCUGAGGAGAACUGCUGCCACUAAAGGAGGGCUACUGACUGAUGAGCUAAGGAGAAAAGUGUGGCCUAAAUUACUGAACAUAAAUGUGUACGACCUACCACACAAACCAGGUCGAGAUGUGAGGGAGAACCACAAGGACUACAAUCAAGUUGUCAUGGAUGUCAGAAGGUCCAUGAAGCGAUUCCCUAAAGGUAUGCCAGCCGCAGAGAGAGCCGUGCUUCAGGAACAGCUGAUUGACAUCAUCCUGGAGGUUCUGAAACGUAACCCUCAACUCCACUAUUAUCAGGGCUACCAUGAUGUGGCUGUGACUCUGCUGUUGGUGGUUGGGGAGCGGAUGACCAUUGCCUUGUUGGAUAAAUUGUCCAAUGUCCAUCUCAGGGAUUUCAUGGAUGCAACCAUGGACAGCACCAAACACAUACUGAACUACCUAAUGCCCAUAUUGGAACAAGUUGAUGUUGAACUGCAUGACUUUAUGAACAGGGCAGAGGUAGGAACCAUCUUCGCCCUCUCCUGGCUCAUCACAUGGUACGGCCACGUCCUCUCAGACUUUAAACACACUCUUAGGCUCUAUGACUUCUUUCUGGCCUCCCAUCCAUUGAUGCCCAUCUACCUUGCUGCUACGAUCGUGUUACACAGAGAGAAGGAGGUAAAGCAAACAGAGUGCGACAUGGCUAUGGUGCACCACCUGCUCUCCCAAAUCCCACAGAACCUCCCAUAUGAACUUCUUAUUGGCCAGGCCCAGGACCUGUUCGAACAGUACCCUCCAUCAUUACUAGCCAAACGGGCUGCAUUACAGUCUCGUAAGAGCCUGUCCAUAAGCAGCUUCCAGGCAUUUCAUCUCUCCACCCUCCACCAGAGGCCAGACUCUGUUCUCCAGCGCCUCACCAGGGCCCAGGACUCCACCACCUCCAGACAUGGCCUGGAAGCCUCCUUGCCUGCAGCUCAAGGCCAGUUAUGGAGGGAAGGGAACCGGAUGAUGAAGAUGGCGGUGUGGGGGCUGUCUGCUACACUUGGAGCUGCAGUGUUCGCUGUGGCUCAGACCGCCAUGGACUGGGGGCCUGACUUGAUACUUCAGCUGUUCUAAUGGUGCCGGUAGAAAAGACACACAUUUGGAAACAUAACCAAACCUAAACA